AAACCGCACAGGUUCCUUAACAUGCCGACAGUCGCAGUCGACAAAGCCGAUCUCUGGGAGAGGUUGGGCAAGGAGUACACCACCGAGGAAUUCGAUAAAUUGUGUUUUGAGUAUGGCUUGGAACUAGACGAAGAUACCACCGAAGAGGUGGAAGAGGCCAUAAAGAAGGGCCUCUCCGCUGAACGCCCGCAACUCAAAAUCGAAAUCCCAGCGAACCGAUAUGACUUGCUCUGUAUUGAGGGAAUUUCUCGCGCCCUGAACGUCUUCUUGGGUCGAGCAGAAGCGCCUAAGUACAGACUUGUGUACCCUAAAGGUGGAGAGUCAGAGCUUCUCACGACGACCAUAGACCCAGCCACGGCGCAAAUCCGACCUCUCUUCGCAUGUGCAGUGUUGCGCAAUGUAAAAUUCACCCCGAGGUCAUACGCCUCCUUCAUGGACUUGCAAGACAAGCUACACCAGAACAUUUGCAGAAGGAGACAGUUUGUUGCCAUUGGAACGCAUGAUUUGGACACGCUCACCCCUCCGUUCCGUUACGAGGCGCGACCGCCCAAGGACAUCAAGUUCGCGCCGUUGGGCAAGACUCAGGAGUACACAGCGGAGGAGCUGAUGACCCUGUACGAGUCUGAGAAACACCUUGCUCGUUACCUUCACAUCAUCCGCGACUCGCCCGUCUAUCCCAUUAUCUAUGACUCAAAGGACACUGUGCUCUCCAUGCCACCGAUAAUCAACUCGGAACACAGUAAAAUCACGCUCAACACUCGAAACGUCUUCAUCGACGUUACUGCCACUGAUCAAACGAAACUCGAUAUCGUCGUGAAUAUGGUCGCUACAAUGUUCUCCGAGUAUUGCGAGGAACCCUUCACGAUUGAACCCGUCAAGGUCGUGCUCCCCAACGGCCAGACUAAGAUCACUCCUGACCUUUCAGGAAGGGAUAUGGUCGCACAUGCAUCCUAUGUCAAUUCAUGCACGGGUCUCAAUCUCUCAACUAAAGAGGUGGCCAAACUGCUGACGCAAAUGUCAUUGGAAACGUCUCUAUCCUCCGAGAACGCCGACGUGAUCAACGUGCACAUCCCCGCGACACGCCCAGAUAUUUUGCACGAAUGCGAUAUCAUGGAGGACGCAGCAAUUGCUUACGGUUUCAACAACCUUCCCGAUAAGUUCCCCGCCACCAGCACCGUUGCCCAGCCCUUAGCUAUCAGCAAGUUGAGCGAUGUCAUUCGUCUGGAGUGGGCGCUUGCGGGUUGGAUUGAGGUGUUGCCUUUGAUUUUGUGUUCGCACGAAGAGAAUUUUGAAUGGUUGAACCACAAAGACGACGGCAAUACUGCUGUGAAAAUCGCCAACCCCAAGACGCUCGAAUUCCAAGUGGUUCGAACCACCUUGAUUCCCGGUCUGUUGAAGACAAUCAGAGAAAACAAGACUCAUGCCCUCCCCAUCAAAGUCUUUGAAACCUCUGAUGUUGUCUUCAAGGAUACCACUAGGGAAAGGCAAGCAAGGAAUGAGAGGCAUGCUGCCGCUGUUUGGUGUAACAAGACCGCUGGCUUCGAGAUCGUGCAUGGUAUGCUCGACAGGGCAAUGAAGAUGCUGGAAAUCCCUCGAAUCGGCAGCCAAGAGGACGACAAGCCAACUGGAUACUACAUCAAGGAGACUUCAGAUGAGAUGUACUUCCCUGGCCGGGCUGCUACGAUCUAUUACCGACCACCCCCAAACCACCCGCAACGACUUGCCUCCCAAAUCAAAGACAAGGUUGAGUCUGCCUUGGGCGCCAAACAUGAUAUCGCCAUCGGAAGUUUGGGCAUUCUCCAUCCUUCAGUACUAGAGAAGUUCGAGAUCAACUUCCCUUGCUCAGCCCUAGAAUUCUCCCUGGAACCUUUCAAGAAGCAGAUGCAGAAGAUCUGGACGAACGAGGAGUGAAAAGGAAUGGAAAGGAAUUUAAAGUGUAAUAGACGUGUAAAAUUGGCCUGGAAACAGCAAUUUCAUUUUCGUUGACAUUGAAGGU